UCCGUGCUUUUCCUCCGUACGGAAACACACACGCACACACAGAGAUUGUAGGAGACACAGAGAGAGAGAGAGAGAGAGAGAGAGAGAGAGAGCUAGAUCUCUACGGUGCCGUUCGGUUCUUCGCAUCAAUUCGGAGAAUUUGCAUUCUGCACCUUCCGAUCUCUCCUCAUCCAUUUCAACCUCUAUCUCCAUUCUCGGUCCGAUCUAAGCCAGCUUUUAUGGAAACAGAGUGGCAAUCAAGGUUGGCCCAUGACCAGUGGACAGCAGUCCCUGUAUCUGGUUCACGGCCACCGGCUCGCUACAAGCAUGCUGCAGUGGCAGUUGAUGAGAAACUGUACGUUGUUGGUGGGAGUCGUAAUGGCCGGUACCUAUCUGAUGUUCAGGUAUUUGACCUUAAAAGUUUGGCAUGGUCUAAUCUAAAACUGAAACCAAAUGCUGAUAAAUUUGAAGAGACAGGCUCACUGGAUAUUCUUCCAGCCAUUUCGGGUCACAAUGUGGUUAACUGGGGAAAUAAACUAUUUCUUAUUGGUGGGCAUUCAAAGAAAGUAGCUGACAAAAUAACAGUGCUAUUCAUCGAUCUUGAAACACAUCUCUGUGGUGUUGUGGAGACCUCAGGAAAAGUUCCGGUAGCUCGUGGGGGACAUUCUGCUACACUUGUUGGUUCUAGAGUGAUAGUUUUUGGUGGAGAAGACAAGAGCAGGAGAUUGUUGAAUGAUGUCUUCAUUCUUGAUCUGGAGACAAUGACUUGGGACAUUGUGGAGGGAACGCAGACACCUCCAGCUCCCCGAUUCGACCACACAGCAGCAGUGCAUGCAGAACGCUACCUUCUAAUUUUUGGUGGUUGUUCUCAUUCUAUUUUCUUCAACAAUCUGCAUGUACUGGACUUGCAGACUAUGGAAUGGUCUCAACCACUUGUUCAGGGUGAUUUAGUGACUGCCAGGGCAGGUCAUGCUGGUAUAACCAUUGAUGAAAACUGGUACAUAGUUGGUGGUGGAGAUAACAAAAGUGGUUGCCCUGAGACUCUAGUGUUAAAUAUGUCUAAGCUAGUUUGGUCAGAAUUGACAAGUGUGAAGCAAAGGGAUCCGCUUGCUAGUGAGGGGCUCAGUGUGUGCUCGGCUAUUAUUGAUGGAGAGAUGUAUUUGGUUGCCUUUGGUGGCUACAAUGGGAAAUACAGCAAUGAGGUUUUUAUUAUGAAACCCAAACCUAGGGACUCAUCACGUCCCAAGAUUUUCCAGUCACCAGCAGCGGCUGCAGCUGCAGCUUCUGUUACUGCUGCAUAUGCCUUAUCCAAAGCAGAAAAGUUAGAUUUCACCAAAGCAGAAGAUCCAAGCUCCAAGGGAGCUGAAAACAGUAUUUCUGAAAAAGAUGUCACAAAUGGUGUUAAGGCCAUUAGAGAAGAGAAAAAUGUGUUGGAACUGUCACUUGCAGAAGUCAGAGCAGAAAAUACUAGGAUCAAGGGACAGAUUGAUGAGAAAAAUGGUACUCUUUCUGAGUUGUCCAAGGAACUCCUUUCUGUCCAAGGUCAACUUGGAGCUGAGAGAUCAAGAUGCUUUAAGCUGGAGGCACAAAUCUCAGAACUGCAUAAGAUGCUGGAAUCAAUGCAGUCCAUAGAGAAUGAGGUACAAGAGCUUCGGACGCAAAAGUCUGCAUUUGAACGGAAUAUAGAGCUAGCUUCAGCAGUCCAGAAGCAAGGUUCAGGUGGUGUUUGGCGAUGGAUAGCUGGGGGAAAUGGCAAUGCAUAAAGGUUGAAGGUUGGUGCCUAGAAAUUAAAUCUGGGAGCAAUUCAAUUUAUCAUUAGCCAUAGCUUUUUUCAAGCAAAUAUACGAUCUUAAGCUUAGGCAGAUUAUAGCAGUUGCAAUUUCGAGAACUAAUGGUGAAAUUCAAUCAUGGUAAACAAGCAUAAUCUUGGAAAUGCUUGCAACGUUUGACCAUUGUUAAGAUCUUCUAAUGGAGACGAAACUAAACUUGAUACAAGAAUAUAGUCUAUGCUCUUUUUUCUUUUAAAAUUCUUGGAAUCCACAAUCUGUUCAUUUUUUUUUUCUCUCACUUUCUAAUUUAUUCAUAUGUGUUCCUUGUGUAUGUGAUGGUGACAGUCACUCAUUUUACCCUUUCAUUAGUUUUUGUACUUAGUACAAUUGAUUUGCAUCAGUUACAAGAUUCUUCUGGCUUGGCAAUGAAUUCUUACAUAUUCUGGAAUUUCA